AGAAAAUUACAUAAUAUAUUACACAGUCUAUUAAUGGGUAUGCAGUUUAAGCCGAUAAUAUUAAUAUCUUGUCGAUGUUUGGAAAUAGUUAUGUUGUGAUUUCACUAUUUAACUACAGAAUGUUAUUUAAGCAUAAACAAUGAUAUAAAAAAGACGUACGUAAUACGUACAAAACUGUUAAAUACUCUUCAUAUGUAGGCCUGUUGGGCCUUUUUUGUACAAAUUACAAUGUUAAUAAAUAUUGGUACACAUUUGAAAUGGAUACCAUAAGUAACAAGGAAGAUAUAUGGCAUGUUUGGGAUAACAAUUGUUGGUGGUACCAACAGAUGGACAGUUUAACAAUUAUAAUUUUAAUAAUAUGUUCGUGCUUUGUUUUAUUCGAAAAGUGAAUCGUAAUGUAAAUAUGCCAAACUGUGUCUUGGCAUUAUAACCGGUUCCAUAUAUCUCAAAGUGUACAAGGCUAAUUGAGUCUGAUGUUAGGGCAGCUCUAAGUAAAUGUGUUAAAUAUCGGCAAAUGAACACAUUCGUAUCAUCUUUCAAAUCAGGAGCGCGGUUACAAAUUGCUGAAGGCAAUCUCAGCGGAGCGCGAUCGGGAGGUACAAGGACUUCUCACAGAUGGUAACAUCGACUUCAAGGUUGACCAUCGAGGUGACAGCGCCAUUCAUCUGGCUUCAUGGAAGGGGAGACUUGAUUACAUCAAAUUUCUUCACAAUGCUGGCGUAGACUUUGAACAGAAAAAUGUGCACGGAAACACGGCGAUGCACUUCGCAGCAAAGGGUGGCUACCUGGACAUAGUGGACUUCUUGAGAACCCAUAAGGCCGAUAUGAACCCCCUCAAUGAUCUGGACGGGGAAGCUCCGUUACACAAGGCAGUACGAGAGCAAACGAUGGAUGUCAUAGAGGCUCUCGUAGAUUUUGGAAUGGAUCCAAAUAUUACAAACAAGAAAACCGGAAAUACUCCGCUGCACGUGGCGCUAGAAUCAGGCGCACAGGAAGCGAUGGAGGGGCUUCUUAUUAAAGGCGCCAAAUCAGGAAUAAAGAACAAUGAUGGACAACUGCCGGUCGAUUUAGCGAAGACCAACAUAAUCCGAAGCACACUACAGAUGUACGAGUCGCUUUUAAUAUCCAUGAACGCAGGAAAUAUUCGAGCCAUAGGCACGAAAUUAACGCGGGUGGAAAUGGAAAAACCCAAUCUACUCGUCAGAGUCGGUGUUAUUGUUGCCCAUCUUGACAUACCCGAAGGGUUUCACACCGGUAUAUAUUGCCGUCGAGAGAAAGUCGAACACGCGACCGUUGAAAUCCCUCAUUUGGAAGAAGAAUUCACGUUUGAAGACGUGUAUCAUAUCCGUGUAUUUGACGUUAACCAGGACUGCAAAGCUUUGUUAUAUCUACCUGUGUACCAGGCGCCUUCAGAGAAAGAGGAGAUGGUUGUCCGGUUUCUGGGUGGCAAAUAUGACGACUUUGUGGCAGAUGAAUAUGCAACGACCGGAAAGAACGUCUACCUUCCACUGGAAGUCACAUUGGUGCCGGACACAACGUGUAUCUGUAUGAUAAAUAUCCGUCAGAGGGUCGAGGAGAAAAUCGUGGGGGAACAAGAAGCAACGAUAACGUCGGACAUGGACCCGGGCUUUGCUAUGGACAUCCAGUCAGGGUCAUUUGAGACAGGGACCGUAUUGAGUCUGCAGAUUAUUGAAACGAAUCCAAUUGAUGAUGUGGCAGAGGCAUUCGAUGCAUCAGAAUCUGAAGAGGAUGUAGAGCGUAAAUAUUUAGAAACGGCUACCAGAAGUAAGGCCACAGAAAGUCAAACAACGAAAUACUCGUCUGAUCUUCUUACAAACUUGUACCAGAUCAAUUUAUCAGGAAACCAGCCUAAGAAGAAUGUAACCCUUACACUACCACUUGGAAAAGGGGUGACGGUCAACGACAAUAUUGUAAUAAUCCAUGCUAACGAGAUGGAGUUAAAUGAGGAAAACGCCUUGGAAAUAUUGCCUGUUCAUCCACAAGUUGCGAACGGGAAAAUCGUCUUUGAAGUUUCGCAAUUCUGCGUGUUCACUUCAACAUGGCUUGAAAAAGUUGAUUCUGUAAUAAAACUUAGAGAAGUUCAACAAAGUAUGGUUGACGCGAUCAAGAAAAGAAGACCAGUUUCGUUUUAUGCAUUAGUUCAACAGGAUGCAGAGGAUGUAACGGGGUUACGACAUAAGGUGGUUAUCGAGUGUCAUCUCACACACAAAAGUCAACGCCAGCGGGAGAAAUGGGUAAAGAGGGGAUACGCGGAGCAGUAUCCACCGGAGACUUGGGCGAUCAUGGCGGCACCUGGCGACAGCUUCGUCGCGGACAUUCAGGGAAAUGUUCGUUUAGAAGAUAAUGCCUCUUCAUUGACAAGGAAAAUUCAGUUCCUGAAAAGUCGUCCGUGUCAGCAAUCGUUUUACGUUCGUCUUCAGAACAACAUCUACGACCAAGAUGAUGCGUUUGGAUACGUAAUAAUUUACAAAUCUCAAAAGGAUAAUACCCUAACCAACGAGAUUGCUAGACUAAGAAUUCAGGUUAGACCUCCGAUAAAGGCCAAAGAUUUACCGUCUUCUUCGAAACCUUUUGAAGCAUCGGAGAUCAAUAAAAUGAAAAACGAAUCUAAGGAGCAUGCUCAGCCAAAGGAUCUCAAGAUGAAGUCCCCUAGAUGGUCAGGUCAUACUCUAAAUGAGCGAAGUUCUUCUUCGGCACCCUCUGUAACAUCAGUUAUCAAGAGAAAUCAAGUGGAAUCUAAGAGGCAUGCACCGUCACAGGAUAUGAAGAUACUGUCAAAUAAAGGGUCAAUGCAUACCCUUAAUGAGCGGAGAAGAUCUACUACAGAUUUCUUUCCGUCUUCUCCGGUACCUUCUGCGACAUCAGAGAUCAAGAAGAAUAAAAUGGAAUCUAAGAGGCCUUCACAGUCACAGGAUCUUAAGAUGCUGCCCUAUAGAGGGUCAAUGCAUACCCGAAAUGAGCGAAGUAGAUCUACUACAGAUUUCUUUCCGUGUUCUCCGGUACCGUCUGUGACAUCAGAGAUAACGAAAAAUAAAAUGGAAUCUAAGAGGCCUGCACCGUCACAGGAUCUUAAGAUGCUGUCCUAUAGCGGGUCAAUGCUUACCCUUAAUGAGCGAAGUGCAUCCGUGACAGAUUGUGUUGCGUCAUCUCCGGUACCGUUUAUUACAUCAGAUAUGACGAAAAUGAAAACAGAAUCUAUUAAGAAUGCACAGUCACAGGAUCUCAAGAUGAAGUCCCCAAGAGGGUCAGUUCAUUCCCUAGAUGGACGAAGUCAAUCUAUGACAGAUUUCUUUGCACGCCGAGAUUCCUUGCACAGGCCUCCUUCACAAGUGUCCACAAAUCACUGGAGGACGAAAAGAAAAAUCGGCAUAAAAAAUAAAAAUUAGUUUGACAUUCUGAAGGAUACAAAAUCAAUAAAACAUGGAAUUUAACGCGAUUUUUAGUUAAGCAUUGUCGAUGAAUGUCCAGUUAAACUGGUAAAAACGUUUAACCACAAGAGUUUCGCAUACAGACAUAAUUGGAUUCUGCAUAUCGUUUUAACACAUACAACAUAUAUUUGGUGGAUUCAAAUGAAAGAACACAAUCUAAUGAAUGAACAAUCUGAACAGAUCAACACAUCUCCAUUGGUUCUGGUAAUAAACAGUUAACAUUAAUGUAGUAAUAAGACAACUUUGAAGCUGUAUUUAUAUGCAUGUAUAUUUAAUGCUUUCUUUUUCUUUGUUUUUCUACUGGGCUGCAAUAAAACACGGCAAAAUUAUGUCAUCGGCUAUUGGAAGGUAUUUCAGCUGAAUUAAUAAUCAACAAACAUAAUGACAUGUUGUGAAUCAAAUAUUGUAUAAUUGUGCUUAUAGUCAUUUUUUAUUCAAUUAAUACUUGAAAAAGAAUAAAAAUAAAAAUGUCAUUAACAGACUAAAUACGAUCAAAGGUUACCAAUAUUUCUCAUGUGGAAUGCAUAAUAAAUGUUUAAAACGAUCACAUCGUAUAUGACUAAACCGAUUAUAUCUCGAAAAGCAAAUUUAUAAAAUAUAGUAUGUAUGUAAAACAUAUCUAUGUGUCCAGAGUUCGUCAAUAUAAAAUACAUUAACUAUUGAAUACAUUAAUGCCAUGUUACUUCGUUUUAUGUUCAUAUCGGUUUGCAUACACUAACAUUCUUAGAGCGAGUAUAUAACAUGCAUCAUAUUACUUUUUGAAAUUAAUAACUAACAUGUGCAAGCCAAAAACGAAAAGUUGACUUGUAUGUUUUUUUAGCCGCAAUUGUAUAUUUCUUAUCGUAUGUACGAAUCUGCAGAGAUUUAUGUGUGUACUUUUCUUGUGUAUAUAAAUUAUGUUUCUGCUGUACAGAAAAAAUAUUUAACUUUCAAUAAACUGUACUUUCUUUUUUCUUCUUAUACUUCCUAUUUUGAACUGUUUAGUUUCAUUUGUUUCAUUCAUCAGCGCGUUAUUGUUUUGAAAAAAAGUUAUACGAAUGUAUAUACUCGCUUUAAAAGUAAUAUAACAUAUCGAAAAUACUUACUCAUUGAAAUGGUUCUAAUGCGAAAAUAAAUAGCUUCUUUAGUUGGGCAAGUUGCUAUACAUUUUGGGAUCAAUUUUUACAAUACAUAUUUUUAAUAAAAAUGAACAAAAUCAAUAUUUACUAUUACAUACGAAACAUUUGUACAUUACACAGACAUUUCAAAGUUUCCGAUACGUAUAAUUUAAUUUGUAUUACACUCUUAAUUACCGGUAGGACUAAAGGAAAUAUCAAAAGCAAAAUGGCAGUAAAGCAUACUCGUUCUACGUUCCCAUCUCUCUGGACUUGUCAACACAGGAAUGUGUUUGUAUGUAACUUGAAGAUAAUUGUUAACAAUUGUAUGUGUGACAAAAUGAAAAGUUGCAAAUUUGCCAAAUUACUCACUCAUUUCAUAAACUGAACUGCAAUUGUAGAGAUCUUAGUUGGCUACAGUAAUAGCUGAUUGAAUAUAUUCAAUGUGUGGUAAAUAUAGUUUCAUACUUUUUCUCAUUUCUAAAAUGUUUCGAUAUUUACCAAUUCGGAAAAAAUCAGUUCACCAUAACAGAAAAUGUAAACACUUUCAUACAAAAUAAACUGUCUAAAACUCAUGCAUGUCUUUUGUCACAAAAUAAACUAGUAUUUACUCAAACAAUCUAUAUGCAUUAUAAUUAUUUAAAAUUUUCCGUUGUUAAUAAUACUUUGCUGAUGAUAAUUUUUAUUUUUGAUAAUUACACAGUGGUACUGCUUAUAAUGGUGAUUAUAAGAAUGAAGUGAAUGUUAAAUUAUUUAUUUUUAUUAUAAUUAUUUUUCAAUCAUUUAUAUUUGUUUUAUGAAGUAUAUGAAAA